AUGUGUAUCAGAGGCAUGUGUGGAAUGAGUAGGGGGUCAGAGCUACUAUCCCGCAAGCAAAGGCCUCCAAUAGGUGGAGUCGUUGAUGACGAUAAAUGUGAUCCCUGUGACUGCGACAUAGCUGCACGGAUCGCAAGUGGCUGUGAUACUGACUGCUGUGACCCGAGUGGCUGUGACCCGACUGGAUGUGACACUGAUGACUGUGAUCCAUGUGGCUGUGACAUGGAUCGAUGCGAUCCAUGUAAUGCUGCUGGGCGGGAUCCACGUGGUAGUGAGGCAGGUGGAUUGUAUGUCGGACGCACAGUCCGAUGGCCCUGUGAAGAAACACCCGGG